GAGAAAUUAAAAAAAAGAUAACCGAACGGGUUGGUUGGUUUUUUUUUCAAGAUUGUAGUGAUAUACAGUCACACUUUUGUCCCUCUCUCCCUAUUAUUUCCUUAGCCAUCCUCUGCGAUUUUCGAGACAAACCAUAUAUACAUACACGCGCGCACAUAUUAUAAACACGCACGUAUAUUACCGAAGUAGCGGACGAUGUGGCGAGCGGUGUCUCGUGGCUUCCGCAUUCCGGCGAAGAGAUCCGGCGCCGGCGAAGCUUUGAAGCCUCACAGAUUAUUCUCCACUGAAGCGAGGGUGGGAGGCUCAUCGUAUACUAUAGUGGAUCAUACAUAUGAUGCAGUCGUGGUAGGUGCUGGUGGUGCUGGGCUCAGAGCAGCUAUAGGGUUGUCUGAGCACGGAUUCAACACAGCAUGCAUUACUAAGCUCUUCCCGACUCGUUCACACACAGUUGCUGCUCAGGGUGGUAUAAAUGCUGCAUUAGGUAAUAUGAGUGAGGAUGACUGGAGGUGGCACAUGUAUGACACUGUCAAGGGAAGUGAUUGGCUAGGUGACCAGGAUGCCAUUCAAUAUAUGUGUAGAGAAGCUCCAAAGGCAGUUAUUGAGCUUGAGAACUAUGGCCUACCGUUUUCCAGAACCGAAGAAGGAAAAAUUUAUCAACGUGCUUUUGGUGGUCAAAGUCUAGACUUUGGCAAAGGUGGACAAGCCUACCGGUGUGCAUGUGCUGCUGAUCGAACUGGGCAUGCUUUGUUGCACACGUUAUAUGGUCAGGCCAUGAAGCAUAACACACAAUUCUUUGUGGAAUAUUUUGCUCUGGAUCUACUCAUGGCUAGUGAUGGUAGUUGCCAGGGUGUAAUUGCAUUAAAUAUGGAAGAUGGCACUCUGCAUCGCUUCCAGUCAUCUUCAACAAUUUUGGCUACAGGAGGAUAUGGUAGGGCCUACUUUUCGGCUACCUCGGCUCAUACUUGCACCGGGGAUGGCAAUGCUAUGGUUGCUCGUGCUGGGCUUCCGCUUGAGGAUCAGGAGUUUGUGCAGUUCCAUCCAACUGGAAUAUAUGGUGCUGGCUGCCUCAUUACUGAAGGUUCUCGUGGUGAAGGAGGCAUUCUCAGGAACAGUGAAGGUGAAAGAUUUAUGGAACGUUAUGCCCCUACGGCCAAGGACCUUGCAUCAAGAGAUGUUGUUUCAAGGUCUAUGACAAUGGAAAUUCGGGAAGGUCGUGGUGUAGGACCCCAGAAGGAUCACAUAUAUCUCCACUUGAAUCACUUACCACCAGAGGUCCUGAAGGAGAGGCUUCCUGGUAUCUCUGAAACUGCUGCCAUAUUUGCUGGUGUUGAUGUUACAAAAGAACCAAUUCCUGUUCUACCUACCGUUCAUUAUAACAUGGGUGGUAUUCCAACAAAUCAUCAUGGAGAGGUCGUUACAGUUAAAGGUAAUGAUCCCGAUGCAAUAGUUCCUGGACUUAUGGCUGCUGGGGAGGCAGCUUGUGCAUCUGUUCAUGGUGCCAAUCGCCUUGGUGCAAACUCUCUCCUUGACAUUGUUGUGUUUGGUCGAGCUUGUGCAAAUAGGGUAGCAGAGAUCCAAAGACCAGGAGCAAAGCAAAAGCCAUUAGAAAAGGAUGCUGGUUCCAGGACCAUUGAGUGGUUGGAAAAGAUAAGAAAUUCAAAUGGCUUACUUCCGACAUCGAAAAUUCGGUUGAAUAUGCAACGAAUAAUGCAAAACAAUGCUGCUGUAUUCCGCACACAAGAGACCUUAGAGGAAGGGGUAAAAUUGAUUGAUGAAACUUGGAAUAGCUUUCAUGAUGUUCAGGUGAAGGACCGAAGUUUGAUAUGGAAUUCUGACUUGAUAGAGACACUAGAGUUGGAAAACCUGUUGAUCAAUGCAUCUAUUACCAUGCAUUCUGCUGAAGCAAGAAAAGAGAGCAGAGGAGCACACGCACGUGAAGAUUUUACGAAAAGAGAUGAUGAGAAAUGGAUGAAGCAUUCACUGGGAUAUUGGGAGAAUGAGAAGGUACGGCUUGACUAUAGGCCUGUUCACAUGAACACAUUAGAUGAUGAAAUUGAGACUUUCCCACCUAAAGCUCGUGUGUACUGAAAAAAGGAUAUUAAGGAUACAUACCGGGGAUGCAAGAGAAAACUUUUUCUUUUGGGAAGUUGCAAUAAUAUAAUUUAAACAUAGAAUUUUUUUACAAUAAUGGUUGUAUUGGUCAUCAACCUGCAAUGUUGUGUAAACGAGUGUAACCAUUUUUUGUAGUUAGAUAUUUCUUUUUCUCUAUCGAUGCUAGUCAUUAGUCAGUACUCAGUACCCUUCAAGUUUUCAGUGCUCCCCUACUUUUGAUUAGUAAUCCCAGCAGGAAGUGAAAGUUCACUCCUAGUGUUAUUUUAA